AUGCCUCCACAGUCAGAUGCCAGUGUAGAAAAGCCAGAACCUGGUUCAGAUGUUCCACGGCUUUUCACCUGGGAGGAGGUCGGACUCCACUCAGGGGUAAGCAACUCCAAGCAAGAUAGAUGGCUUGUCAUCGACAGAAAAGUCUACGAUAUCAGCCAAUUUUAUCGGCAGCACCCUGGAGGAACCCGUGUCCUCAGCCACUAUUCAGGACAAGAUGCCACGGAUGCCUUCAGAGCUUUCCACAAGAAUGAGGACCUAGUGAAGAAAUACUUGCGUUUGCUUCAAAUUGGAGAACUGGCACCUGAUCAACCCAGCUGUGAGCCCACCAAAAAUGUCCAGUAUGGAUUUUUUCAGCACGAUCUUGGGCAUCUUUCAGUCUUUCAGAACACCAAGUGGAAUAAACUGGGUCACUUCAUUGUGAUGGGGGUGCUUAAGGGUGGACCCGCGAGUCAGUGGAACCAUAUGCAUAACCAGCAUCAUGCCAAACCCAACUGCUUCCGCAAGGACCCCGAUCUCAACAUGCACCCGCUCCUGUUCAGCCUGGGCAAGGCACUCUCUGUGGAGCUUGGAAAGAAGAAAAAGAAGUACAUGCCUUACCAGCACCAACACAAGUACUUUGCUCUUUUAGCUCCACUGACGUUUGUCCUUUACAUCCAGACGCUAAUAUUCUAUCACACCGUUCAAAGGAAAAAAUGGCUGGAGUUCACCUUCAUUGUGCUCUACAAUAUCCGUGUCUGUCUCAUGUACAUUCCUUUAAUGGGAUUUAAAAGUUUCAUGGCAUUCUAUUGGCUGGCCAGAUGGCUGGAAAGCACGUGGUUUCUCUGGAUCUCACAGAUGAACCACAUUCCAAUGACCAUCGACUAUGACCAGAAUUUAGACUGGGUUUCUGCCCAGCUCUCAGCAACAUGUAAUGUGAAUCAAUCCUGGUUCAAUGAUUGGGUCAGUGGGCACCUGAACUUCCAGAUUGAGCAUCACCUCUUCCCAACCAUGCCUCGUCACAACUUCUGGAAGGUGGCCCCCCUUGUGAAAUCCCUCUGUGCCAAGCACGGUGUUAAGUACCAGUGCAAGCCCCUGCUCACGGCCUUUGCAGAUAUCCUGCGCUCCCUAAAGGAGUCAGGGGAACACUGGCAGGAUGCUUAUUUCCACUGA